ACUGGACCGGACCAGAUGUCCGCAUCUAUGUCCAAAAAUGAUAAUAUCUGCCAGACAUUGUUUGUAGAUCGACCAAUUAAAUGUUUGGCAUUAGACAAUGUCCACGAUAAUAAUCUUAUUGACUAUGAAUAUACU